GUAAUAGUUUAUUAGGUAUACCUUCUUUUACCUAUUACCUAGUACAAAGUAUGUACUACAUGUUACAUACAUUGAUGUACCUAUGUAAUAUUUAAGUUUAUAAAGCCCUAGUUUUCCCCUCCAAAUAUUUUAAGUCACCAACAAACGUAUGUGUCCUCGUUGAUCGUCUAUAUAUAAUUUAUCCAAUGUUCAUCGUUAGACCCCUGAAAGGCUGAAGCAUUCAAGUUGCAAGGUAUUGUACAAUCCAUAUACCUACCUACUACCUAGUACCCAGUAUCAUUUGUAUUGUAUUGUACUAGGGCUGCCCCACCAAACUUAUAUACACCUAAUCACCACCCACUACGAAGCAGCCGACGUCACAUUCCAUGAUUCCACAUUAAACAACUACCCUGCCUACUAUACCUACUAUAGUGAAAAAAGAAAAGAGAGAUACUCAUGAAGAGAUGGUAGGCAGAUGGCCAACCUAGAGUUCUACCUAUGCCUAUCAUACCUACCUACCUAAUGAAGAUAAGACAAGGAGCAGCCUAAACUAGAAACAGCUAUUAUCUACAUGAUUAUCUAUCUACAUCCUGCGUACAUAUCCAUUCACCUGCGAUUCUAUGCAGAACCUGUCAGCCUAUACCAUACCAGCCAUAGUAGCCAGCCAUACCUAGAUCGACAACACACGACACCGCUUAUACCCUCCACAUCAACAAAACCUACCUAGUUAAUGCCAACCAUGGACUCACAUCAGGAAAACAACCUCAUAGACUUCUCGCCGCCAUCAUCUGGCAUCUCCACCCCCAUUUCUCGCCAUUCGCAGUCCUAUUCACAAUCCCAACCUCGAUCUCCUCCGUCUACUUCCUCAACUAGCGGUAGCUACAUUGGUUCCGCCGUGUUGGGUUUAUGGCGACGUCUGUCCACCCUUGAGACACCUGGUUCACCACCGUCUGGUAUUGCCACCCCGCCGCUCUCCCAAGCCCAGCUCUACCACUACAACACAGAAUCAGCUUCUCAAAUGCGACCGAUGGGAGAUGGUAUUAAUGGCCCUUUCAUCCCGCCCUCACGCCCCCCGGGCCGUACACCCUCGCCACGCGGUUUACCCUCCCUCGAGCCUCUGACAUUGAACGGCUACCAUGCCGAUACUGAAACCGACGAUCAAUUACUAGCCAAAGGCGUAGCAGAGGAGAUCCGGACCUUCUUACCCGAGCGCCUUAAGAUCGCAGAGGACUGGCGGCUUGUGUACAGCUUGUAUCAAGAUGGCAGCUCCCUUGCUACACUAUACAAGCUAUGCGAGGAGUACCGUGGCAGGAGAGUCGGAUUUGUGUUAGUCGUUCGGGACGGUAGGGAAGGGACCUUUGGCGCAUACCUUACAGAAGCACCACACCCAGCAUCCUCAUACUUUGGCACAGGGGAGUGCUUCCUCUGGCGAGCAAGCCUCCACGCGCCUCUACCCCCACCACCCUCCGCCGAUACUAGUAAUCUCAACUACCGCGCCACCACGAUAGCAUCGCCUACCUCGACCUCCUUUCAUCACGACGAUCGCCAAACUGCCACACAGCAACAACAAAGUCUAGCGCCGGGACUAACAGAUCCGACAACAAACAAAUUGCAGAAACAACCACCAUCGCAGAGCAUUAGGUUCCAAAACUUCGCCUACACGGGCGCCAACGACUACUGCAUCUUCUGCGAGACCAAGUUUCUGUCAGUGGGCGGCGGCGGCGGCGGCACGUUCGGCUUAUGGCUCAACGACAGCCUGAGUAGGGGCCACAGCGCACCUUGCGAUACGUUUUUGAACCAGCCGCUGAGUGACGAGGGCGAGAAGUUCGAUGUGCUUGGUGUUGAGCUGUGGGUCGUUGGGAGUGGUUGAGGAGACCACUCUUUCGACUCUUAUUUUAAAACACUGGCGUGGAUGAAGAAUGACGGGUGAAGAUUCGGGAUACCCUAUGAAAGAGACUGGAUAUUUCUCUCCCUCGUGCUGCCCUACUGCCCGACUACCUAGUGGCUCAAACGACGAGAUGAAUGGGAGACAGACUGGACACACCAAGGCAGCAUGCAUCCUGAGUAAAUGAUUGCACGAUUUGAGGAUAGAUGGUGUACGCACAUAGUAAGCGUACCUACCUACCCAGCAAGAACAGAACAGAAAGGGAAUUGAAUCAGGGAACGAACAAAUUUCGAUAGCAGAUACUCUUUUUUUCUUUUACCAACAAACGGCGUCUGGCGCAUAACGGGAAUAGGUAAACCACCUUAGGUACCUAGAUACCUCAGGCAGGUAUGCAUUAGAUAGGCUAGGUGAUCUUGAACUUGAAAAGAAGAUCAAGAACACAAGAUUGAUGGAUUCGUUCAAUAUACCAACCAAAAUACUUCA